AUGGCCAAUUACAAUCCAUUCAUAGUUGUGAUUGUUUAUCCCAAUUGUCGAAUGAGCAAUGGCGACAACGAGGUGACAUUUGAGUAUCAAGAUCCGAUAUUGUUUCGCACUCAGCGUGUGGAGACGUUGUCGGAUUUGAAGAGUUUCAUAUUGAGCAAGUUUGGUGGUACACAAGCGAGGGAGAUAGGUAGGGUGGGGUAUAGGUUGCUAGCACCCAUGGGAAAUGGAGUCUUCCGGUUUCGACUAUUUCAACUUCAAGAGGAUGAGCAUGUGCGACUAAUGUUCGACAUUCAUGGGAGGAUGAUAGUAGAACAGUUUCCGGAGGUGAGGACACCAGAAUUGCUGGCAAAGCUGAUUGAUGUGGUAUCCAGCUCAGGGGGUUCGAACCGGAAUACCACCAAUGUAGCCACGGCAGCUGGUUCCAGCUCCAGGGCUGCCGUGGCUUCUUCCUCCGUCCCAGUGUACGAGCCAGCGGUCCAACUUUUUGCCUCCCCGUCUUUUGCUGUUGAUCUGAAAGACGGCGUAGGCGACGAGGUAGGAUCCUUUGAUAUUCUACCGAACGCUUUACAGGGCGUUCCAUCGGUUGGCGUCGGAGACGGAGUCUUGGGUGAUGCAGAUGAGGACGACGUCGAGCCGGAUACGAUUGAGGAUGACAGCGGCGACGAGGUUGGAGCGACUGGUCCUGCAUUGGCGGGCGGUGGUUCUAGCUCUGGCACACAGCAGUAUCUACCACAUUUUUCCUCGUUGGACCUGGACGCCAUGAGGCAUGAGGGGGGUUUUAGGGCACGCUGUUGGAUUCGGAGCUAG